UCUACUGAACACACAUCAACAGGUUAUCAACCAUAUUCAUUAUUAUUCGGAAGACGUUUAGAAAUACCAGUAAAAUUAUCCCACGAACCAGAACCUAGAUAUAAUUAUGAUAAUUAUUAUUUUGAUUUAAAGCAAAAAAUGCAAGAGUCGCAUAAAAUAGCUAGGGAAAAUUUAAUAAAAAGGAAAAUAAAAUCUAAACAAAACUAUGAUAGUAAUGAAAAUCCUAUAGAAAUACACGUAAAAGAUCAAAUAUUGUUGAGAGACAAAACGCAGAAAAAUAAAUUAAAUCAAUUAUGGAUAGGUCCCUAUGAGGUAACAGACGUAUUAGAUAGGGAAAAUAUUGUAAUAUUAAGAGGGAGGAGGCACGUAACGGUGCAUAAAAAUAAUAUUAAGAAGUUUAAUGAAAUAAAAUAAAUUAUAUAAAACAACAGUAAAUGAAUAAAAGUAGGUUAAUUUAAAAUAAAUAUAUGCGUAAUUAAAAUAAAUUUUUAGGAUUAUAAUAACAUGCUCCACGCUCCAGAUGGCGUUGGCUCAAACAAAACCAUAUCGUAUUUCAAGGCUUACCCAAGAGAACGGGAUGUACUUUGAAAACCAAGGGCCACUACGUUUAACUAACUCUGACUGGAAAUUACUGAUUUAUGUGAAAUUAGAUAAUUUCAAUCGACGUACUAAAGACACAAUGAACUUUUACGAAAAAACUUUAAAUGUAUGUAACAACUUAACAAUAGCAUACGAAGGUAUGUUUAAAGCUACUUGUGACAACUUCAAACUAACAUCUAACAGUCUCGAACAGGAAGUUUCUAGGAAAAGAUUUUUUAUGUUGCAAUCGAUAGAUGAAACAGAUACAAUUAACCGGGAAAAGAGGGGCCUAGUAAACUUAAUAGGACGAGUACAAAAAACAUUAUUUGGAACAUUAGAUGAUACUGACGCGGAACUAUACGAUAGCCAAAUUGAAAAAUUACAAUCUAGUCAACAAAAUUUAUUAAAAAUAAUAGAAAAACAAAUUAGUGUACUAAAGGCGACAGCAAAUACAUUUAAAGAGGCAGGCCAGAUGGAGGCUCAAAUAAAUAGAUUAAGUAUACUAUAUAAUCGGUUGGCAGAUACAGUAAAUCAAACAGUAAUAAAUUUAGAUAUAGUAGAAGCUAGAACUAAUAUUAAUGAACAAAUAAAUACAUUAAAUCUAUUAUUCCAACAAUUAAGUUUUGAAACCGACACAAUAUGUGAAAUAAUAAUUGCUGCACAAGGUGGCAUAAUGCAUUCUAGCGUAAUAGCCGUAAAUGAAUUAAGACAACAAUUAAAAGACAUUUCACUAAUAGUUCCUAAAGAACAAAGCUUACCGUUUAAUUUAAACCAAGUAUCGCUAUACGAAUUAAGUAAAAUAUCGAAAUUUAAUAUUAUUUAUAAAAACGAAACCUUAAUCUUUGAAAUAAUAAUACCCUUAGUAAAUUCAGUAGAAUUAACGUUGUAUCACGUAAUACCACUCCCCGUUGCGAAAAAUGAUCACUAUAUUCAUAUUAUUCCUGAAUACUCAUACAUAGCAAUCUCGAAAACACACGAAUAUUAUCUUACAUUGUGUAUGAACCACCUGAUGUUAUGUCGAUUAAUAAACAUGGGUACUUUAUGUCCCGAGACACAACCCCUAAGACUAGGAGCAAGUGAAUUACCGUGUGAAGUUGAAUUGUUCGUAAAACCGUCAAGUAUUCCAACAUCUUGUCCCAUACACUAUCUUGACAUCACCCGUAGUAUUUAUCACCGAUUAAAAUAUCAAAAUGCGUGGAUUUAUACAAUAAAAACCACUGACAAUGUAGCUGUCUCUUGCGAAAAUAGGGACCAGGCCAUAAAUAUACAACUAACUGGAAAUGGGGUGCUAGCAUUAAACGAAGACUGCAGGGGCUAUACGCCACAAAUGGUGCUAACCCCAAGUAGACAUUUAAAUUCCACACACUACAAAGAUUUAAUCUCCGAUGUAGGCAUCACAACAAACUUAACAAUUCCCACGACUUUGAAAAGAAAAAUCAAUAAUAGUAACACACACACCAACUCCGUAAUAAAAUUAACUGACUUAGGACAAUACUCGAAAUCUAUAGAAGAAAUCAAACAACUUAUACAAGAAGAGAAAGACAAACAAAACAAUAAAGAUACUACAGACCUUCACUCAUAUCUAUUCUAUCUCAUUCUAAUAAUAGUAGCCGUGGAUUUUGAAUUCACUAUGAUAAAUAGGAAGGAUUUACUACUUGUAUCGGGGUCAAUGUCAAACAGUUUAGAAAAAUAUAAACCAGUAAAAUUAGAAGGAAAACCUAUAGUCUUAACCACGACAAACAAACUCAAAAUGCUUCAGGAUAAGGAAGUUAAAAAGGUAAUGCAAAGUGUUGGUAGAAUGUUUAGAAAUAAGCCAGAGUUGUUACUACCAUUAUUGGGGCAACUAGAAGCUAGUUUAAAGCUUAAAGGGGGAACAACUCUGUCUACUACAUAUAUAAACCAAUAUUUGCACACUGAUAACAAAACACCAGUCAUAGUUUUUUGGAAUGGGACAACAGACAAGGAAAUAUUACAAAAAUUGGGACUAAACAGAAGAAUGCUAAACAUUACAUCAUAUACCGAUAAUAAUGACAAUUACUUCAACUUCUAG